AUGAAACGACAACUUGAAACUAUUGAAGAAAAUAACAAGAUCAGCAAAACUUACAAGUCGGAAUCGUUGAUCAUGUUGAAAUCUAAUCAUGAACCUGUUGGAAGGAUUGUUUCUGAUGUUUGGGCUCAUGUGUUUACAUAUCUUGAAGCAACUAGGGAAUUGCUGCCAAAUGUAAUGCCAGUUUGUAAAAUGUUUUACAAUAUUUUGGGAGGUGGUGAAGGAAAGAGUUUAGUUUAUGAAAGAGUUAGCAUUGCAGUGAAAGAUGGGUAUCCUACAAGUUCCUUUCUCAAAAUUAGAAAGUUCGAUAGGGAUUAUUUGAAUAGAUUGCUCGAUUACAUUAUCAAUGUUUCACCAAAGAAUGGAUGUAAAGUUUUGCAUUUGGGCUCUAUUGAUGAAUAUAAUGAGUCAUUGAGUUUCGAAUUAACAAGUGAAUUUUUCAAGAGAUGUAUUAGUUCUGGUGUUUUUGAUGGGUUGAAAGAAUUGAGAUUGGCAAAUUCAUUUAUUGUUUUUUUAAGGGAUGAAGAACAAUUGGAUGUUUUUACUGAAUGGAUCUCUAGAUUGAAAGAAUUGGAAAUAUUAAUCUUUGGUAGUCUAUUUCCAAACAAGAUUUUAGAUUGUAUUUUUACUGGCAUGCCCAAAUUAAAGAAACUUAGAAUUGAUUUAGGCGAAUAUGAAAUUGGAGAUUCUUUCCCUAUUCUAGAAAAUUUGGAAUAUUUUGAUGUUGUUAGUGGAAAUGAAUCAUUUAGUUCUACUACACUAGUGAGUUUAUUCAAGCAUGCACCAAAUUUGAGAAAGUUGAAAAUGGGAUAUUGCAUGGCAUAUGAAAAUGCUGUGUUUUUAGGACUUGUAGAACAUUGUAAAAAACUUAGUGACCUCACUUUUGGAGAGCGUUAUUUGAAUGAAUCAGAUAAUCUUCCAAUUAUUACUAAUCAACUACAUAGCCUUGAGUCUCUUAACCUAUUUGACGGGUUACCUUAUGGUGAACACUUAUUAGAUCUUGACAAGUUGACAAAACUUAAAAAGUUUGAUUUCAAUUUUGAUGAGUUUAGUGGCUGUGAUGAUGAUGGAGUUUUAAAAGAAUUAUUCCCUAAACUUAAAGGAUUAACAUGGGCAAGAUUUGGCUACAUUAAGAAUGAAGCUGAGGACGAGGAACAUCAAGAAGAGGAAGAACGGGACAAUGAUGAAAAUGUUGAGCAAGGAUUUGUUGAAUUGGCAAACAAAAAGUUUCCAAAUCUUGAAACUUUGUACCUUCUUGACUCUGAAUUAGAAGAGCUUACUCUCACACAACUAUUCGAAGGUAUUCCUCAUCUAAAAAAUGUUACUUUAGAAGUAUUGGCUGCCGGAUGUGAUCAGGUGUUUGAAAGCAUUGAAGCUGACAUACAAGUAAGAAAGGAUGCAUCCAAUAGAGUUCUUCAAUUAUUUGGAGAAAUUAGUCCAUCUGUAGAAUUGUUUGAGGAUAGAAUUUUCUAUCAUAGAAUUGGAGAAAAGAAAUUGAGAAUCAAACUGGUCAAUAUUGAUUAUGAUGGAAUUGUGAAAUUUAAAAUACAGUUAGUACAUUAA